CCUCUCCACCCCCUCUCCGGAGAUGGAGGGCGAGCUCUGAUCCAAGAGCUCUAGCCGCGCGCAUUACAAUGGAGCGAGGGGCUUCCAGCUUCCAGCAGCCUCGGAAGUGCUGCGCUGGGCGAAGAUAAAACGCCCCUUUGGAUCGCCUUAUCUUUUUGGGGGGGCUGCUGUUUUGGAAACUCGAAGGCUGGCCCCAGACAAAAGGCGUCGGUGUCGGGAAGGCUCGCCAAGGCGCAGGGAAGGACAAGGCUCGGCUGUUUUAGUUUUGAAGCGCAAUGGCCGAGGGUGGCUGCCGGCUGCUGCUUUCGGGCGCCCUCUGAGUGAGGUUGUCACUGGCAACGGGAGGCCGAGGGCUGGUGCCGCCGCCGCUUCUGCUGCAACCGGAGGAGGGCGGCUUCCGCGCCAGCGCGGCCAUGGGCAAAUGCAACGGGCGCUGCACGCUGGUGGGCUUCUGCUGCCUGCAACUGAUCGCAGCCCUGGAGAGGCAAAUAUUCGACUUUCUGGGUUACCAGUGGGUGCCCAUCCUGGCUAAUUUUUUACACAUCAUGGCUGUCAUCUUGGGCGUCUUUGGCACCAUUCAGUACAGAUCCAAAUACCUCAUACUGUAUGCAGUGUGGCUCGUGCUUUGGGUUGGAUGGAAUGCAUUCAUCAUCUGCUUUUACCUGGAAGUAGGACACCUUUCACAGGACCGAGACUUCAUCAUGACCUUUAACACAUCGCUGCAUCGCUCAUGGUGGAUGGAGAACGGGCCUGGUUGCCUGGUGACCCCGGUGAUGAACUCCAAUCUGGCCCUCGAAGACCAUCACGUCAUCACAGUGACUGGGUGCUUGCUUGAUUAUCAGUAUAUUGAGGUGGUGAGCAGUGCAAUGCAGAUAUUCCUUGCGCUCUUCGGAUUUGUUUACGCCUGCUAUGUCAGCAAAGUGUUUAUGGAGGAAGAAGACAGCUUUGAUUUCAUUGGGGGAUUUGAUUCAUAUGGCUACCAGGCACCCCAAAAGAUGUCACACUUGCAGCUACAGCCUUUGUAUACCUCUGGAUAACGGUUUCCUUAACUACAGUGAGCUGGCCCCUGGGGACGUUUGCAAAAACGCAGGGCAAGCAGGGUGCCGAAUAUGAUAAAAUGAUUCCAAAGCCAAAUGGCAGUCACCUCCUCUGGAGAUCUAGUGUGGCCUGAAAUCCCGCCCAGAGACAACACAGUGACUCUUCCUCGGGUUCAUUUCCUCCCCUCCUUUCUCUUUAACUCCUUCAUUUGAGUGGCCACAGAGAGUUUUCAUGCACCUGGAAGAUGAUUCUGGCACAAGUUCUCUCUGCUCAAGACUGAGGAACCAAAAAGAAGCUCGACGCUCCACCUGCUGGCCAGUGUUUGUAGUGGUGCUGGUAACUCCAGCAUUUUUUUUAAAAAAGGAAAAUCAAGCAAGGGCAAUAUUAUGUUUCAGAGAGGGCAAGGAAAAGCCCUAUUUUUAAGGAAGACCUUUUUCGGGUUUUGAAGUGUUGCUCUUUUUCUUUUCUUUUUUAAUUGUUCCGGAUCACUUCCUGUUGUCCCAUUUGCUUCUCAGCAAAUGGCUUUGCAAUGUGCACAGGCUGCCAGAGAAUCCAUACAUUGCAAUAAAGAGUGAGAUAGAUAUUAUCUGACAUCUGGAAAGGGGAGGCUUCAUUAGGUCUGAAAUCUGUUCUUCCUGCUCCCAGCCCCCGUACACCCAAGGCUUCCCAAUCCUGUUUACUAUUUAAAUGAGCAUCCGUUAAAAAUCCAACCCUGGUAACCACUGGAAAAAGCAAAGUAGUUCUUUGAUCAUGAAUUGAAUAUAUGCAUACUGUGACAAAUGUGUGGGUUUAUUUCUGAGCUGGCAUUGCAUCCCAAUGAUUCCAAGUUUGUAUGUGAGAACCCAGUGGAAGCUAUUCCAUUAGGCCAAAAGGGGAGGUGCCCCACCAACCUCAACCUGCCCUCAGCCAGCCCCUCCUUAGUCUCAGUAUUGCCCCGUGUAGAACUCAGCAGGGAGGAGGACGGGAGCCAAACCUAGAAUUAGUUGCCUGUGACUGUCUUUGGCUCUGGCUCUGCCUGCUGUGGCUGGCUCUGCGCACCGUUA